AGUGCGUCAGUCUUUUGCUUAGUCUCGAUCAUGAAGGCUUUCAUUGUUUUGGUUGCUCUGGCUUUUGCCGCCCUCACUCUCGGUCGCACCAUGAGCCGGUGCACCUUGGCCCGCGAGAUGUUCAAAUUGGGCGUUCCUCGUAACCAGCUGGACAAGUGGACCUGCAUUGCCGAGCGCGAGAGCAACUACCGCACCGGCGUGGUUGGUCCAAAGAACACGAAUGGUUCCCACGACUACGGCAUCUUCCAGAUCAACGACUUGUACUGGUGCGAGCCCUCCCACGGUCAGUCCUACGGUCGCUCCAGCAACGGUUGCGAAAUCGACUGCGACGACCUCUUGAGUGACAGCAUUGUCAACGACGUCCGUUGUGCCCAGCUUAUCCAGCGCAUGCAGGGCUGGUGCGCCUGGACCACCUGGCACUACUGUAACGGUGAUCUGCCCUCCAUCGACGACUGCUUCUAAACUGGAUAUUGACUUUUUAUUAAUAAAAACGGUCAGAUUAUGAGAAGCCAACAAUGGGUAUAAUCACAUACUCGCCUUAAUAAAUGCAAGUUAUUUUCCUCUGGA